AUGUGGUUCCUGAUGUGGCCCGUGGCGGCGGUCGUGGGCGCGGCGGGUGUGUGCGCGGGCCGCGUGGUGUACACCAACCAGCUCCUGCAGCGCCAGCUGCGCGUCUUCCGCGUCGCGCUGCGCGUCUUCCUCGACUACAAGCUGACGCAGUACUAUCUCACGUACGUGUGCGGUGCGCUGCUGCGCCUGCGCGUGGACGACUCAUCCCCACGCUCCGUCACCACAUGGCAGCGUGCACACAAGCGGUGUGCGCGCAGCGUGUAUGCGGCGAUGGUGCAGCUGGAGGGGCUGUGGGUGAAGGUGGGGCAGUACCUCUCCACGCGCGCUGAUGUCAUGCCGCCGCCCUACCUGGACUUGCUGCGCCUGCUGCAGGACACUCUGCCGCCCAGAGACAUGUCUGAGGUACUGGGCACAAUAGAGGAGCAGCUGGGCAGCCCGCCCUCACAGGCCUUCUCGUCCUUCGACCACCAGCCACUCGCCACUGCCUCUAUAGCGCAGGUGCACCGGGCAGUGCUGGCGAGUGGGCAGCAGGUGGUGGUGAAGGUGCAGCACGCGGGCAUCAAAGAGAAGAUUCUGCAGGACUUCAGGAACCUGACGACGAUAGUGGAGUGGUUGGCAUGGGCGGAGCCGGAGUACGACUUCAAGCCCGUGGUGGGCGAGUGGGUGAAGGAGGUGCUCAAGGAGCUCGACUUCCGCCUCGAAGCAGCCAACCUGGAACGAGUGGCGCGCAACUUCAAGCAGCACCAAGUGGAGGGCGGCAGCAGCACAGCGCCAGACACAGGAGAAGCGAGCAGCGAUGGCCUGGCGGUGGAGGCGAGUGUGCCAGCAGUGGUGCGCGCCACAGAGCGUGUGCUGGUGAUGGAGUUUGUGCAGGGCGUGCGGCUGAGCGACCUGCCUGCACUGGACGCGCUGCAUGUGGACCGGCAGGUGCUGCUGAACCGCAUUGCACGGGCAUACGCGCACCAGAUCUACGUGGGCGGGUUCUUCAAUGCCGACCCGCACCCAGAUGGGGCGGAGGGAGGGAAAGGGUGGUGGGAAGAGCAGGGGAUGGGAAGGGGAGGAAGGAGGUCGAUGUGUGAGGGGAAGGCAGUGGAGGAGGAGGUUGGGGAAGGGCGGGUGCAGGGCGAUCCAAAUGCACGCUACUUCCCCUUGCACGUAUCCCCCUGUGCUGUGCGCUUCUCCCUCUCUCCAUCAUCCCUCUGUCCCCCCUGGCACCUAUCCCACGCAGGCAACUUCCUGGUGAGCGAUGAGGCGCCCCACCUGCCAGUGCUGCUGGACUUCGGACUCACCAAGGCUGUCGACCAUGCCAAACGCGUCGCCCUCGCCAAGAUGCUGCUUGCUGCCGCUGAGGGAGACGUGGCGAUGCUGCUGAGUGCGUUCAGUGAGAUGGGGUUGAAGCUGCGAGUGGACCUGCCAGAGGACGCCAUGGCUGUCACUGCCUUCUUCUUCCGCACUGCUGCCCCCGCGCCCCAGGCCAAGGCGGAGGUGGCGCGGAUGAGGGAGCAGUUCAAGUCGCGCGCCAAGGAGCUGGAGCAGCAGGCCAAGGCCGCGGGGGACGAUGCUGCCGUGCGCCGCAACCCGGUGGACGCGUUCCCCGGGGAGCUCAUGUUCUUCUCCCGUGUGCUUGCCCUGCUCCGAGGCAUAUCAGCGACGUUGGACGUGCACCUCUCCUACAUUGACAUCAUGCGCCCCUUUGCUGAAGCCGUGCUCUGCGCCGACCACCUGAUAGGGCCGCAGCGCCUGCUGUCCCCGUCACCUGACUGGGUGCGCGGGGAGUGCGCGUCCCCCUCGCUGCACCGCAAGCUCUGUGCGCUGCUCGCCCAGCUGCUGCAGCAGGGCCGCCUCGUGGGUGUGCAGGUGUGUGCGUACAUGGGUGGCGAGGUGGUGGUGGACGUGGCAGCAGGGUUCCUGGGGCGGUACGACCCGCGGGCAGUGCAGCACGACUCGCUCUUCUCUGUCUUCUCCGCCACCAAGGGCGUCACCUCGGGCAUCAUGCACUGGCUCGCUGAUAACCGGCGGGUGCAGUUGGAGGGGCGUGUGGCGGACAUAUGGCCGGGAUUUGAGGGCAAGGGCAAGCAGCAAGUCACUGUAGCAGAUGUGUUGACACACCGUGCAGGGCUGCCGAACGCCAUGUCCACCAAGCUCAUGCUGGACCCCAUGCUCAUGUGCCGCUGGCAGGAGAUGCUAUCGCACCUGGCAGCGGAGGCACCAGAGUCGCCCCCGGGCACAGUGGAGGAGUACCACUACCUCUCCUUCGGCUGGCUCGCAGGCGGCAUCAUUGAGGCGGCAGCAGGGCAGUCAUUCCAGGCGGUGCUAGAUGCAGUGCUGGCCCGGCCCCUGGGCGUGCGCGGGGAGUUCUACGUUGGCAUCCCUGCAGGAGUGGAGACACGGCUGGCAACACUAUCCCUGGAGCGCACGGACGCACCCAACGCCGCACAGGCCACAGCCAUCAGCCGCCGCCUCGCUGACGCUGCCCGGCGGGAGGCAGCGCACAGAGAGGACGUGGAGGCAGGGGGGGCUGCUGCUGGCUCUCCCAGAGAGCACCGAGUGGAUGGCGGUGCUGAUGGGGGCAGGGAUGAAGCCGAGGAGGAGUGGGAGCUCGUGGAGGGGCGAUCGGACGAGAGGGCAAGAGGGGGGAGCGGCAAGAAGGAAGCAGGUGGUGAGGGUGCGGUGGAGAGGGAUGCUGCUGUUGUGGCAACAGCUGAUUCUCACGCCGGCGGUAGUAGCAGCAGUGGUGCGGCACCAUCGCCUCCAUCUGCGGAGGAGCUAGCGACGAGGGCAGCAGCGCUGCCUCUGCUGUUCAACUCGCUCUUCCUGCGCCGUGCCGUCAUCCCAUCCGCCAACGGACACUUCUCCGCGCGUGCUCUUGCCCGCUACUACGCCACGCUCGCUGCACACGGUGUCAUCCCCCCCCUCCCGUCCUCCAGCACGCCCCCUCUCGGCUCGCAUGCUGCAGAGCCUGCUUCUGUGCUGCCAGGGGGCAAGGGCGGGUGUGGCGAUGGGAGCGACGAUGGGAGUGGAGAGGUGACGACACUGAGUUUCACAAGGAGGGGGCAGGCCGGGAAGAAGCAGUGGGUGGCAGGAAUGGCAGGGUGGGCGUGGCAGGCACUAAGCCGUGCAAGGCAGGCUGUUGGGGUUGUCGCUGCGGGGCUGGGGAGGCGCAGCGAGAGGAGCAAGAAGAGCGACGACGACGACGACACGCAUGCGGAUGUGCAUGUGCAAGCGGACACAUGCCAUCCCUUCCUUCCUCCGCCUCAUGACGCCAAGCCCAUGGCGGCGCUGCUGCCCCUGGACUCAGGCGCUGCUGAGAAAGACAUCCCCAGCUCAGGCCUGCCAGGGCAGCGCCUCUUCUCGUCGCCUGACAUUGUGGACGCGUGCCUCGGCGUGGGGCGCUACUCGCACCUCACCCUCCCCUCCUCCUCCUUUGGCCUUGGCUUCGUGCGCUACAGGCCGCGCGCUGCCGCCCACUCCGAGAGCCAUGCGAGUCAAGAGGCUGAGCAGACAGGGGGGCAGGCCAGUGGCGGAGGGGUGGAUGAUGGCAGGAGUGGUGAGCCAAGUAGCCAAGAGCAGGCACCCGUGACACCCCAGCCCGCGUCAACCUCUUCUGCCUUCUUUCCCCAUGACAAGUCCCACAUGGCCCCCACCAGCCAUACUUCCUCAUCCGCCCCCGCGCACACAUCACCAGAUUCCACACGAACCUGCCCGGAGCAGUCAGCGUUCGGGCAUGCAGGCUUGGGUGGGUCGACGGCCUUCUGUGACCCGCAGCACAACUUUGCCCUGGCUGUCACCGUGAACCACCUGAGUGCUCGGCACGAGGCCACGAGCGCCAUUGUCAGGCUUGUGUGCUCUGAGUUGGGUGUGCCUGUGCCCAUGCAGUAUGACGAGCACGGGCGUGGGCAUGAGAAUGUGCGGAGGAGCAGCAGUAGUGACAGCGGUGGUGCUGGUGGUGGGGUGCAGGACACACCUGAUUCGUUGAAUGCCUGA